UUUGCAGUAAACAUUUGGCACCGUCGUCGCAAAAUUAUGGCUCCUUUCUUUAACCUAAAGAACCUGCACCGCAUAGUGCCAUUGUUCAACGAAAAGAGUUCCAUUAUGGUCAAUCUGAUGCGCGCCGAAGUCGGAGCCGGAGACUUCCCUAUCUGGAAAUACAUGACGACCUACUCUUUUGACACGGUUUGCGAAACCGCAGGGGGGCAUAAAAUGAAUUCUCAAGAGAACCCAGCCGACCGCAUCUUUCUCGACUCGAUAAACGAAGUAGCGGAAAUGGUGACGAAGCGCGUGCUACUACCGUGGCUUCACUCCGACUUCAUCUACAAGAAACUGCCCGAGUACAAGAAGUUUUUAUUUCAUAAGCAUCGGGCUUAUGAUUAUAUAGAUGAGAUUAUACAAGAGAAACGCAAGCAAUUUGCAACUGACGGGUUAAGAUACAAAAACAACAACAGCAACGGUUUGAUAAAUUUUCUUGAGACGAUAAUACAAACUUCCGGUGGACUGGAGAAAGGAUAUUCGGACAUAGAAAUUCGCGAAGAGAUCAUCGUCAUGGCCGUAGCCGGGAAUGACACGUCUGCCGUGGGCGCUUCGUUUACCGCCGUCUUGCUGUCCCGCUAUCCUGAUGUGCAAGCCAAAGUGCACCAAGAACUGCAAGAAGUAUUCGGAGACUCUGACCGUGCGGUGACUCCCGAAGACUUGCCCCGGCUGAAGUACCUGGAGGCUGUCAUCAAGGAGAGCUUGCGCCUGUACCCACCGGUGCCGAUAGUGGCGAGGGAAAUCCGUAACGAUGUUGCGCUACCAUCAGGCAUAACCUUGGUGGACGGCACGUCCAUCCUGAUCCACAUUUGGGGCACGCACCGCGACCCGUCGUACUGGGGCGCGGACGCCGAGCUGUUCCGCCCGGAGCGCUUCCUUGAGUGCCCGCUGCGGCACCCCGCCAUGUUCAUACCCUUCAGCUACUCUAUCAGGGGAUGCAUUGGUGCUACCUACGCGAUGCUGUCCGCCAAGACAGCGCUGGCUAAUCUGCUCCGACGCUACCGGCUGCUGCCACCGACCGGUGCACGCGCAGAAGACCUAACGCGCCCGCUGCCCGUCAAGUACAACAUCAUGAUGAAGGCCUCGGAUGACUUUCUUAUAAGAGUCGAGGAGAGGAAAAAAUAGACAGAAUAUGAACUUUUUACAGUUUUUACCAGAGUUCAUGAGGAGCCGAUAUCGCACGCACAGUCUCAAUCUCUACCUACUCAGUUAUCGGAUUUGAGCCAUGUACGGAUUCACAAACAUCAACUUUAC